GGCUUGGCUGGGUUGCGAUUUUGCUUAGCCUGGCUCUGAGCCCUGGCAUUCUGCGGACGCCGCAGCCGGGCGCCUCGCUCUGCGUGCCGCGGUUCUUCCUUGGCGCGGGUAGGUUGCUACCAUUUCGCGCACUGCCAGCCCCGCCGCCCAAGAAAAGGAGACAGAGCGGUGGUUAUGAAUGCCGUGACCAGUGGUGGCAAGGGCGAACAUGAACGGGUCCGCGUUCCGGGCAGUGGCCUACCUAAGUAAUUGGUCCGGCUAGUGCAAGCCUACCAUUUCCGCUGGUUUGAUCUAGAUCUGUGGAAGCUGCAUGCGCCAGAAAAGGCGCCCGCUGCUAAUAUGGCGCCAAGCAAAGCGCCUCGCGCGCCCUGGUGUUGAAGUUGAUGCGCUGUGUUGUUCCUCAUGGCCCGUCCUCCCAAAGAGAGCAAUACCAAUAGUUGACGAUCCGGACCACGAACUAUUUGCAUUUCAAUUUUGUUUUCUGACCGGCGUGCAAGUCAUCCUUUUGCUUGCAACAGUGCGGCGUCGGAAGCAGCCUAUCUUUGUGAUAGCCAGGCGUGGACAACGAACCAAAAGCUGCAGAAAAAAGAUGUCUCGUUCCGCCAGAGCAUCUCUGGCAGACCAGGCCUGCUGUACACCGAAGAAGCACCUCCUCCAGAACAAGUCUUCCACAUCAUCUUCGUGUUCUCUGCAAGAUAUCUUUCGCCAAAACGACGUCGAUCAAAACCAAACAUCCACCGCCCCCGACGAUAUCAACUUCCGGUCCCCCGACGUCAGCCACAAGCAGCGCCUCCGCGGCACAAAACCACUGCUAGAUCAACAGUUGGCUGCGAAGGCACUUCUUGUUGGUGAAAAGAAUCGAGCAUUGGGGGAAAAUGAAAAACAACUGUCGACGUCGGUAGAAGAUGCUGACAAGAAGAAGAACUACCACAAUACAAAUGCAAAUCACACGACGACUUCUGCAGGAGCAGGUUCUUCCGCCGCUCUUUCUGCGCCAGGCGACUACAGGAUGAACAAGAACACUCUCCUCGCCAAAGCAGGCGCCGCCUCCACCUCCUCAUCCGCCAACCGUGAUUGUUCCCGAAGCCGCGCCCGGCCCAGCACGUUGCAGUCCGAGCGGUACCGGCGCAUGGAGUGGGCGCCCGCGAGUGGAUAUCGUGAGGAAAAAUCCCCCCUCCCCAUGUCAAAACGAAGUUUCUGAUGCUGGAUUUCCGUACACAAAUCAGAUUUGUCUUGCAGUAGAGGACUGCAGGCAUAUGCCAAGCCUCAGUCGAGAGGUUUUGACGUAGGCACCUAGCAUGACAAACGUGUAUGCUCUAAGCCCAACAGCGUCACAAACUGCCUGCAAAAUGCGGGGCGAUCUCUGAACUUGCCUUCUUGCAAGACAGACAGGAUUUGAGGUCACAAAUGCUAAUGCACGUCACAAAUUUUCGGACGGAUAAAGUUUUCAAUAUGGGGAGGGGGGAUUUUUCCUUACGAUAGUGGACGGAAGUUGGAAAAGCAGGGCGUGAAGAACGUGCACAAGUCGCUCUUCCCGAAAAAGAAGCGAAAACGUCGCACCCUGCGGACGAAAAGGAGAUUGGAAUUAGCUUCGGGUCCGGGUCGUGCAGAAACAAGAUCAGAUGCGGCAAGAGGAGCAGGAGAAGGACAGGAAAGCGAAAGCGGGGAGAACGCAAUAAUAAGAAACCCCGGCUCUACUUCAUUGGCGGCAAGGAAUCCGAAUCGGAACAAUCGCAGAGGACUACAGCAGGGCGAUUUGUUUCCACGCGAGGAGGAUCUACUUCGUGGAAGAACCAGUAGUGACGACGAGGAGGAGAAUGACGACGAGUCCUCAGAUGAACUAUCAAAUCGAAAAAUGUCUGGGUCUGGAAGAAUGCAAGAUUUGUGAUGCUGGUUUUCCAUGACCCAUGAGGUCUGGAAUGCGAGACCCAGCAUGACAGAUUCUGUGAGAGUUCUACCAUGCCUAUCCUGCAUGAGAAACUCUCUCUCAACUUGGUCAAAAGCGGACAGCUUUUGGCACUCACGCAACACAGAUUUUUGCAUCGUUUAGAUUUCGCAUGACAAGUUCUAAUCUUCCGGACCCAGACAUUUUUACAUUUGAUAUGAACAACAGUCUUCUGAUUCGUCUUCCGUCAGCUCCUGCUCUUUUCGGUCAAUACCACGAGGUGGAACAUCAAAUCUAGCUUCGAAUAGGGUAUUACGGAGCAGUAGAUCUCCGUGCUCCUCCGCCCGGGUCUUUCCGUGCAGUGGGAAUAGGGAGGAAGACAGGCAACAGAAUAAACUUUCCCGUUGCUCUUCCGAGGAAGACCUGCUCGAGCCGGUAUUUAACAGUGGCUUGCGGGAUGUCGGGGCGUCGAAACAAGACGACCGGAGAAAUGCUAGCAGUGGUAGCCUAGUUUUUCCGAACAACAGGCCGCAGGGUGGACGUCAGCAGGCAACAAGAACAACUUCCCAACUUCUACAACAAAACCCGCGACAUCCCACCAGACACUCCUCCUGCCCCCGCAGCUCACCCGGACUGGACGUCCAGAUCGGAGGGGUUGUGAACAAUAAAGGCGGCAAGAUUAACAACUACCAUCGGAAGAAAAAACGGGAGCCGAAGUCCGAUAUGAAACGAAAGUCCACGCUGGCGCAGCUGUUGGUCGAGGGUGGGUAUGCAUUGCAAAAGCAUCGUACUAAGUAGUAAUUGCAUUACAAACUACUUGCAUAGCAUUACAAAUGAAAUCUGUAAUGCUGUUUCAGCUUAGUAAGGAGAUUUGUCAUGCACCAUAACAGCAAUUACUACGAGUAUGAUACUUUUGCAGAGCAUAGUGGGUCGAAGGCGAAAUUAGUGGGGAAGAGGAAACUGUUUGCGUCGCCGGAUGAGGCAGCGAAGAAGUUGAGGUAAAUAGAUACGUUUGUGGCUUCUAGUAAUUUCAAGCUCUUGCUCUCAUGCAUCUACUCAGCAUGAUAAAAUGGUAUCACUUUUGAAACUCUGCAUGACAAACACCAGCCGCGCCUUCGCCUCUGAUGUCGAGUCUUCCAGCGCGGCUUCGAGCGCCGUGAACUCCCUUAUGCUUGGAAAAAAACCUGUCCCCACCCGCAUCUGAUUUGUCAUGCAAAAAAAACAUGAAGCAUAGCCUGAAAUCCAAAUCUGUGAUGCUCAAAAGAGUUGCGAGGUUUCGGUUUUUUUUCCUCUGGAUAUCCCCCGUGCCGAAUUUCCAAGUCAACCCCUGGCUCUUAGACGUCAGCUCCAGUGGAGGGGAAGAAAUUGUGUCGCCGGCUGCUAAUCAUCUCGCGAGGAGGGCACGAUCGGUUGGAGCGCAUCAACAUCCUGUAAAUUUGUUUUGGAUAAUGUAAAAAUCUUCAGCAAGCAACACGUCGUCGACGCUUAAAAUAUUAUGAUGCUGGAAUCUUCUUCUUUGUGGGUUGGCAGCUGCCGGCGUAGGCUAACAUUCUUGAACAGUCACUGCCAGUACCAUUACAAUCAACAUCAUCAAAUACAGGUUGACGCCAGCACGACGGAGAGCCAAUCUAGCAUCGCAAAUCCUGGUCCGCCAGCUUCUAGCAGUUCCACUGCGACGAGCUCUGCUUGUUCUAGCUCCUCCUCCGCGUGGUCCUCGCAUGCGGAAAGCAGCAGCGCCGCUUGCUCCACCUCCGGCGCCCAAAAUACUAACCCACUCGACCUUCCCUUUCUCGACCACGUCACGGCAAACAAAAGCAAAUCGGUCUCGAAGGACUCCUCCGUGUCCGCACGGUCUGUGUUCCAGAACAGUUGCAGGGCGCUACCUACUUCCACGACCGAGUACAAUACGCCAAUAUCGCGACGAACGUCGCUCAGCCCGGACCGACGGCCACCUGCUGCUCCUCUCAGGUGUCGCAACAUGUCUUUGGUGAGCGGGGCCGGGUCUUUGGCCGCGAAGUUCCGGGAGUCGGUUGCAGCGGCACGAGCAAGUCCGUUGGGCAGGUAAGUUUUUUCUUCAGUCGAUUUAUUCGUCAUGCAAGCAGCGGAUUUGUGAUUGUGAAACCUAAUUAGUCGUCGAGUUUCAUGACAAAGAACUCUACAAACUCCAUCCAAUCAAGGUUGCAACUACUCGAGGAGAAGUCGCCGGAGGUUGUGGUUGGAGUGUCUCUGUCCGCCGCGAAUCACGAUAAAGCGGCCGACGUGGUGAAAUCGAAUGAGGUGCAGCAUGACAAAAAAUCCAACCUUUUCCCUCUUUCCCCCUCCGGGUCGAAAAGUUACCCUCCGUCCGCAAGCGCUUCUCCGUCGUGUAAUGGAGGGGAUGGAAAUUAUACCAGUGGUGAUGGAGCCACAAAUGGAUUGGGAGAACAGGUGGUUUUCAGGAAAACGGAACCACUGGAGCCCAUGGUAAUAUGAUGAGUUUCUUCUUGGUUCUGGAGUUUGUCAUGCAGAAGUCGUAAAAAAAUGUAUGUAAAUACCAAAACACCAGAGGAAUAUCAAAUAAAAUGCAAGGUUGUGCUCAAAACUUGCAAGCAAGUUUCAAAAAUCUUGAAAAUGCAACACACAACAACAGACCGGCGCCGUCGUUUCCGGCGGGGAAGUUGUGAAAAUUGCGCCGCAAAGCGUCGACAGGAAGGAAAUCUUGGAUUUGGUGGGACGAGAGCAGAACAUGACGGAUUCCGAAAAUAACGCGUUUGAAAACCUCUUCAAUGGGGGAAAAAAAGCGGUUCGGAGAACGAGUAAGAAUCCGGGAAUAACAAAUGACGAAGACGCGCCGAAAAGACGCAGGCUGGAAUUGGAAGAGGAGUGAGUUGGUAAAGGGGGGACGGGAUGCCGGGUAGUACAACAUGAGCAACAAAGAAGAUUUCUAGAUAUCGUUCUUUGCGCUUCUUUGUUGUUUAGACAAGUGUGACGAUGUUGACUCUAAGGCUACGUGCGGCCAGCAGCAAGAAAUUUUAUGAUUCGUACAACUUUCCAAAUGAAAUUUUUUAUGGCAAGUGGCCAAAAUAACUAACAAUAGUGCGGUAGACCCGCAGGAUGAAUCAAUGACCGUGACGAUGUCCUUUCGCAUAGAAAACUUUUUAGAACCGAAAAAGCGAUAAUGAAGAAAUCCAUAUAACUGGAUUUGAAAAGUUAAAAGAAUAUAUGCGCAGCUCGGUAGAAGAACAAGAACGAACAGUGAAGAGUUGUCGCAGAGCAAUAGCUUGCAUCACCUGCUGCUCAAUUUCCUUUUUCAUAGGCUUGUGAAGAUGUUUCAUGACUUGACAACUUCGAGCAGUCAAACUUACCUCCUUGUUUCUUGUAUCAACAACUUUAUAAAACGAAUUUACUGACAAUUAUGUGCUUUCAUCGCGGAUCCAUACGAGGAAGAUUCGA